AACAUUUUUAAUUUCACUUUCACUUUAGGGGCUAUCACACUGUAGCAUUUAGCAUAGAGCAGAGCUGAGCAAGGAAACAGACCAAAAAAAAACAACCUCUUGACUAAUCAAGCUUACAAGCUGUCAUGGCCUUCCAGUACCCUGGCGCAAGACGAGAUGAGGAAAAGGUGGAUGACUAUCAUGGCGUCAAGAUCUGUGAUCCUUAUGCCUGGCUAGAGGACCCAGAUAGUGAGGAAACCAAGGCUUUUGUGGAGGCACAGAAUCAACUGACGAUGCCUUUCCUGGAGAAUUGUGCUGUGCGAACACAAUUCCACCAGCGCCUCACUGAACUCUACGACUACCCCAAAUUCAGCUGCCCCUACAAGAGAGGGAACCGGUACUUCUACUUCCACAACCAGGGCCUGCAGAACCAGGAUGUGCUGUAUGUGCAGGACUCUCUGGACGGUCCCGCCACGGUGUUCUUUGACCCAAACACCCUCUCUGAAGAUGGAACUGUGGCCCUAAAGAUGGGGCGCCUCUCUGAAGAGUGCGAGUUCUUUGCGUACGGUCUGAGCACCAGCGGCUCCGACUGGGUGACGGUGCGCUUCAUCAAGGCGGACGACCUGAGCCCACUGCCCGAUGUGCUGGAGAGGGUCAAGUUCAGCUGCCUGGCCUGGACCCAUGAUGCAAAGGGUGUCUUUUACAACUGCUACCCUCCUCAGGAUGGAAAGGCAGAUGGCACAGAGACAACAUCAAACCUCAACCAGAAGCUCUACUACCAUGUAAUAGGGACCAGCCAGUCUGAGGAUAUCCUGGUGGCAGAGUUUCCUGACAACCCAAAAUGGCACAGUGGAGUAACGGUUUCUGAUGAUGGACGCUAUGCUCUUCUGUCCAUUACUGAAGGCUGUGAACCAGUCAACCGGCUAUGGUAUUGUGACCUACAGCAAUUACCCAAUGGAAUCAAAGGGAUGCUGCCUUGGAUUAAACUGGUGGAUAACUUCAAGGCACAGUACUCGUACGUCACCAACGAGGGCAGCCUGCUCACCUUCCGCACCAACCUGGAGGCGCCGCGCUACCGGCUCAUCAACAUCGACCUCCAAAAGCCAGACUCGGCCCAGUGGAGCACCCUCAUCCCCGAGCACCCCAAAGACGUCCUGGGGUUUGUGGCCUGUGUGAACCAGCGCCACCUCCUGGUGAACUAUCUGCACGACGUGAAGGAUGUGCUGCAGCUGAGAGAGUUGUCGUCAGGCGAGCUGAUCCGAGACCUGCCCCUUGAUGUGGGCACGGUGGUAGGCAUCAGCUGUAAGAAGAAGCACUCUGACUUCUUCUAUAAGUUCACCUCCUUCACCACGCCAGGGAUCAUCUUCCACUGUGACCUGAGCCAGUCUCCCCCAGAGCCACGGGUCUUCAGACGGGUGGAGGUGAAGGGAAUCCAGCAGGAGGACUACCAGACCACACAGGUGUUCUACCCAAGCAGAGAUGGAAUAAAGAUCCCCAUGUUCCUUGUUCAUGCCCGUGGCAUCAAGAAGGAUGGGACAAACCCUGUCUUCCUCUAUGGUUACGGAGGCUUCGAUCACUCCAUUCAGCCAUACUACAAUUCUUCAUACCUGUUGUUCGUCAGACACCUGGGCGGCAUUGUGGCUGUGGCCAACAUCCGCGGAGGGGGAGAGUAUGGCCAGACCUGGCACAAAGGUGGCACGCUUGGAAACAAGCAGAACUGCUUCGAUGACUUCCAGUGUGCUGCUGAGUAUCUGAUCCAGGAGGGAUACAGCACAUCCAGCCGCAUAGCCAUUAAUGGAGCCUCCAAUGGGGGACUGCUCGUGGCGGCAUGUGUGAACCAGCGGCCGGAGCUGUUUGGCUGUGCCGUGGCUGAAGUUGGGGUCAUGGACAUGCUCAAGUUCCACAAGUUCACCAUCGGCCAUGCCUGGACCACUGACUAUGGCUGUGCGGACAAGCCUGAGGAGUUCCAGUGGCUUAUCAAGUACUCCCCUCUGCACAACCUCCCCCCUGCCCCACGCGACGGCCCUCCGUACCCGGCCAUGCUGCUUCUGACCGCGGACCACGAUGACCGCGUGGUGCCCCUGCACACGCUCAAAUACGUGGCGGCGCUGCAGCACGGCGUGGGACGCAGCCCCGGCCAGCGGCAGCCUCUGAUGGUGCGCGUGGACACGCGCAGCGGACACGGCGCCGGCAAGCCCACCACCAAGGCCAUCCAGGAGGACGCCGACGUCUACGCCUUCAUCGCCCAGGUGCUGGGCCUCAGCUGGAAGGACUGAGAGGGGGGAGACAAAAGCACAAUGGAACAAAACUGAAAACUAUGAAGUACCCCUGGGGUGCGUUUCCCAAAACCAUAGUUGCUAGCCUGUUAGCAACUUAGUUGG